ACACAGCUGAACACAACAGCAACGAUAAUAGCACAACUGUCAUUGAUCAAUAAUAAUAUAUUGGUGCUGGUAUUGGAUCUAUCAGGUUACAGAGGAAUAAGUCACAAACUGAAUCACAUCGGAUUAUUUUAAUCGAUUCCUGUUCGCAUUCAACAGAUCUAAAUGUGUGACAUGGAGCCUGUUUUAUCUGGAUACAGAAACACAUUAAAGCGUCAGGUGGCGUUCGAUAUGUUUGAAGACCCCAUGUCUCUGUUCUCUGGGUUUUAUCCUGUGAUAGAAGAGGAGCAAGAGGUCCCGUCUGGUCUGGACUUUCUCUUACAGGAUGUGGCGGCGUGUUCGGUGCCGCUGUUGACGCCCUGCAGUAAAGCCGUGAUGAGUCAGGCGCUGAAGGACAGCUUUAAUGGCUUCUCUAAAGUCCAGCGCAUCUGUGGCAUCUCCAACAAUCCGUGUAAGUGGUCGCACCAGCAGGUGUUGCAGUGGCUGUUCUGGGCGUCGGGUGAAUUCAGUCUCACCAACAUCAACUUCUUCAAGUUUGACAUGAGUGGACGGGAGCUGUGCGACCUGGGAAAAGAGCGAUUCCUGGAUCUGGCUCCUGAUUUCGUGGGUGAUAUUCUGUGGGAGCAUCUGGAGCAGAUGAUGAGAGCUUGUGAAGACGAUGAAGGGAUGAAGAUCUCGAGUCGCCCGUCUGAAGUCAGCUGGACGAGCAGCUGCUCUAACGGUGUGAGGUUGGAGGAAUGUUCUCUGAAGGUUCCGGAGAGCCGCGGCAGUCUCCUGCGAGAGCUGUUUGAGACGGGUGAAUCCGCCCUGAUGUCGUCCGGUCAGGAGAUUUCCAUGUAUCCCAAACCUGAACUGAGCACCGUCAGUGUCGGCUACAUCACACGCGAGUUAACCGGCGCUAAAGCUGCUCCACGCCUCGCUACAGCAGCGUCAUCACGUGACCAGACGUCAGUGGAGAGCGUGGAGAACGUUGAGGGUUCUGAGAGCGUUCUGCGAUCGUGGGGAAGUCAUUCCUCCCUCGCCGACGCCCAGCGCGUCCCGUCCUACGACAGCUUUGAAGAGGAGCUCGCGGUCAAUCCGCUGAGUCUCGGGAAACAGGGUCUGUCCUUCAAAGAUUACGUCCAGGAGAGGAACGAGCCGUUGGAACACGGCAACGCCGUCAUACCUGCAGCGGUGCUCGCGGGAUUCACUGGAAGUGGGCCGAUUCAGCUGUGGCAGUUUCUGCUGGAGCUGUUGACCGAUUCCACCUGUCAGAACAUCAUCAGCUGGACGGGUGACGGAUGGGAGUUCAAACUCACCGACCCCGAUGAGGUGGCGCGCCGCUGGGGAAAGAGGAAGAACAAGCCCAAAAUGAACUACGAGAAGCUGAGUCGAGGACUGCGCUAUUACUACGAUAAAAACAUCAUCCACAAGACGUCCGGCAAACGCUACGUCUAUCGAUUCGUCUGCGACCUGCAGAACCUGCUGGGAUACACCGUGGAGGAGCUGCACAGCAUGCUGGGAGUUCAGCCGGACACGGAGGAUUGAAGCGUCGUCGUUAGGGGGCGUUCAAGUCCCUCGAGUCACAGUCUUGUGUUUGUGGUGAACACAUGAUGACAUCACUGUCGGACGCGGUGAGCGCGUGUUUCUCAUUGAAGAGCUGCUUGUGACUGUGUUUGUCAACACAAUGACCGUCGUUACAGACCGUUGAGCAGAAUAAUGGAUUUCUGCUUCAUAUUUUGACACUGUGUUCUCUGAACGAGUCUUUGUACUAAAAACAUGUUGAUUAUUUCCUCACUGGCAGCAGAUUGUGCUGAAAGCCUUAAACACAGAGUUGAUUUAUUGAUGACAGAGUUUGCCUUAUAAAGAAUGUUUAUGAUAUCCGUUUGCCUUCAGAGAUGUUCUGACUGUGUCACGAGAGAGGAAUCAGAUUAAACGGUAAAACAUCGCUCUAGUGAAACCGGUUUGCAGCUUUAGGAAUGUGUUUAUAACUGCGUCUGAUUCACUUGAUUGAUUUUCAACUUAAAGAUGCAUUUCAGUGUCGAGCAUUAUUAAAAAACACUUAUUUACAUCGUUUAUCUAAACGCUCUCAAACCCUCCGUCCAGUCCAGCGAACACUCUUCUGCUGCUUUUUACAGGUUUUUGUCAUUUAUUACCGAAUCACAAAGAAUGAUUUCAUGAAAUGCUGCGAAGUGAAACUACUUUUUAAACUAAAUACAUUCCUCUUUAAAGAAAGCUUUUAUUUAUUGAAAUGGACACCAGAAAUGACGAUUAAAACAUGAUCAUAAACUGAUUUAUCAUCAUUAAUGCUGCAUUUAGAGUAUAAAUAAAACAUUGUGAGAAACGAUGUCCAUUUAUUAACAUGCAUAAUUCAAACACAUGCUUUAACGUGUACAACAGGGGAUCGCGAUCUACCAGUCGAUCGCAAAGGCAAUGCUGGUAGAUCGCACAAAAUUUAAAUGUACUAUCGUCUUUCCUUCUUUUAGUUUCUGUCUGACUUGCACUUGACCAGUAAAUAUUGACCAGGCGAUGUUUUGUUUAUUCAGUUGCCAUGACGACUAGGUUUGCGCAAACCCAGUUGUCAUGGCAACUGAAUAAACAAAACAUGGCCUGGUCAAUAUUUACUGGUAAAUGCCCUGACUAUUGUAAUCUAUUGUGCUGUAGGUGUUUUGGGUUUAGUGUUAAAACUGAAUGAUAUCAACAUUGAACAUUAUUAUUAUAUUUAUAAAGUUUACGCUGUUCAGACGUGUUUGUCUCUUUAUUCCUGAUCGCUGAUUGUAUUUGUGAGUGUUGUCGUGUGAUGCACAAAUAUUUCUAUCUGAUAUUUUUAUAUAUAAAGUUGCUCUGAGCUCGUGUUGAAUACAGGAUGAUGUAAGAUAAGCAGCUUUUAUUGAUCCGUGUAACGAGUCUUCAAUCAUUCAUGAGUGUCGGUGAUAAUAUAUGAAAUAAUUAACCCUUUAUAAUGAGUUGAUUCGGUUUAAUGUGUGUGACUGGAUGACUGAUCGUGUUCAGACUCGUCUUUAUGUAAUGAACACACACAUGUAUGUUUAUAAUGUGUCUUUGUGAAAAUAAAUUCUCAUCAUGUGAUC